UUUUCACCAUCUGUAGAUUCACAGGAUAUUCAGGUGGUUUCAUCUGCUUUUGUGACUACAUACACCAAGGAAUAUACGGGAACCUUUGGACAACCUGCUCCAAACGCAAGGUACCACGUCCACACAGUCCUUUUGGCACGAGAAAAACGCGCGAGAAAAUCCUGCGUGUAAAGAUACGCGCGCAAGUGCGCAAGGAGGUGUUUGUCACAGGCGUUCAGCUGGAAAUCGCGGAAACUUUCAACUCUUUCAAUGCUACGUUGCUUCACAGCCAGGCAGAGUUUUUUUUUUAAUAAUUAUUUCUUUUUAGCGGGGAAAUUUUACUUUGAAAACACAACAUCGUUUAUUCAAAGACAUCGCUCCAAAAUAAAAAAAAACUUUUUCCGUGUUCAUGAUUGCUUCGGAUCCUACCCCUCCCUAGACAAAUAUUUUGUCCAACAGAUUCACCAGGACUUGCACCUACCCCUCCCCUAAUACGACAUUUUUCCCUAAGGGAGACGUUGGUGUUAGGGGAGGUGUAAAGGCUAUGAUCCAGGCCAUACUGAGUGAAAAUGUCUACUGGGGAGGGUUUUCUUCCGUUAAGCUUUGUUUUCAUUAACAUUACAUUGUAUUGUGCCUCUUCAGAGUACGAACAUCCCGCUUUUAUCCACCUGGACAACCAGCCGUGAACUCUACUUACAGGACCCAUUAUCCGAGUCAUCAUAGUAAGCCUCGGAUAAAGGUGCCUUUUGGCACUUCCUCAGGAUAUCGGAACAACAACCCUCAUCCUCACAACAUGGAAAAAGUGUUCAACCAUCCAGCAAAAGUAAGUCAAAACUUAAUCCGUUUUGACAAGAGAGGAAAAAGUAACAUUUUCUUUUGGUGUUGAUAAGCAAUGCUCGACUCAAUUUUUUGUUCGUGACGACAAGAGAGCUUUAUCCUCUCUUGGUUUCGAUUUUUCAUUUUUUCCUCCUUGGCCUCGUUGCAUUAAAAGUCGGCUUUUAAAAGAUUACGGGGGCUUCGAAACAGAAGGUUUUUCUUCCAAGACCGUGCUGGUCAAAGUUGGGUUUAAGAAUUGAAAACCCAGGUUUAGUGCGAAAUUUGAGUUCAGAUAUGAAAGCUUAAAAAGCAAAUUUAGUGUCAGUGAUUCCUUUGUCUUGAUGAUUGGAUGCUCUAAAAAGAAUAGAGACAAUUAUCCUAGAAAAGGCCUUUGGACACAGAGAAAGAAAACCGAAUCCCAAUUUAACCCCCGGGUUAGCGCUAAAAGCGCGGCCUUUGAACAACUGGGCCAAGACAGUACCUACCGUUUUAUGCAACCGAGCCUUGACUCCGCAUUGAAAAGCAGCUUUUUCCAGUCCUACAGCUGUUAACGUGUAAUCAAACAGAUUUUCAUCCGCUACGUCACAUCAACACUUACUAAUUCUAGCGAGCAGAAAUUGUCAAAACAGCUUUUACAGCAACGGUUACCAACUGACCAAUUUGCCUCUCUUCUUAGGACUAUUUCGUAUGGUCUCAUUACCAGAAGUUACCUCCAGUGGGCCGUCAAACACAUACCCUAGAAGGAUCCAACAGCUCCGAGCUCCUUAAGCUAGUGUGCCAAGAUAAGACACGGUCCAUUUAUCAACAGGAUUAUGUUCUUCCUGUCCAAGGUGAGUAGUGUGUGUAUAUGUUCUUCAGUUCUUUCUCACGCGUGGAUAUAAAGUCUAUAAACUUCCUAUCUGAGGUGACUGAAAAAAAAGUAUUGAAAUGCGUGACCCUCAGUUAUGUCAGUUAUAAUUGCCUCUGGUUAUAGAUAUCGCAACUUACACAUUAUAUUUUUCAUAACAACGUUUAAUACGGGGACAGGCAACUGAUAAGGGGAAAGAAAUGAAAUAAAAUGAAAAUAGAGCCACAUCUUUAUUAAGCGCUUAAUCAAUGGUUUCAUGAAAGAAAUGUGAAUAAUGGCAAUGUACAGGCAAUGUAUGAUAAAUGUUUUAACCACCUUAGAACUAACGCUUUUUUUCUUUCCUUUUUUUAUUUGUUACCAGACGUACCCAUGUCAAGUCACAGCGGAGCCAAUGGUAUAUUACAUCUUCAAAGAUGACAACGAUAUUUUUAUACUUUUUUAAUGAGCUCGUGCAACUUAGUUGUAGGACAAAAUGUAAAAAGUAAUAUUUUCUUUUGCUGUUGAUGAGCAAUACCCGACUCAAUUUUUUGUUCGUGACAUAAGAAUAAGCAAACAAGAAUCUUUGCUUUUAAAACGGUGGCAAUUUUUUCAAAAGCAAAGUCAGCAAUAUGAAAUGCGUUGAGAGCUCAAAUCAUAUAUGGACCGGGUUAGAAAGCGCGGAAAAACUGGAUAAGCAACCGUGAGUCCGUGACCGCUAGUCUGCUUCACCGGACCGCGAUUCACAGCCGUUUUAAGUGUCGUCACGCAACGCUCCUCCCCACGCUAAAACGGCUACAAAAGUAACAAAGUAAACUCUGUAACUCAGUGAGGUGCAUUAAUUUCAGCACUGAAUACGAAGUCUGUAAAUGAAUCGUGUAUUGCACUUGUUGAAUGAUAAUUAUAUCCUGACGCCAGUAAAGUAGUUUAUACAGAGACUUAAUUGGUUUGCACACGUAAUCUCGUCUUUUGUGUGCAAGUACACAUUUCAAGCGUUUGAAGAGUACUGUGCAAACAACACGCCAAAUACAUUGUUUUUUGUUCCCCAGGGUGAGAAGCAAUAAAGUCAAUAAACUUGUAAAUAUUGGUUUAACUCUGUUUGCCUUUUUCUUAAAGGAAUUGCCAAAUAAUGCACAUGUUAAGUGGACGUUUGCGCGCGGGUCCACUGCGCUCUGAAUUUUGAAAUCUUCUGAGUUUGCUUACAUUUUAUCCUGAAUUCUCCAGCCUUAAUGAGGGAUUCAGAUGAAUUUGAGUUAGAAAGCCUUGUUUUUUUGUUGUUGUUGUUGUUGUUAGUUUAGUCUUGAGACAGACAUAACUAAUUUUAUUUACACAUUUGACAGUGAAAAAUUUUGCGUUUAGUGUUAAUUUUUCACUCACUGAGACUCAAUCAUUAAAACGAGUUAUGUGUGGUUGUAAACUUGUGAUCAUUCUGAGGAAACUUUUAAAGAAGGUCCUUUAACAUUCUACUUUUGAGUAAAGUUUCUUUAUUGGGAAAAGAAGGGUCCCUGAAUUGACUUUUUCAAACAGAUCGGAACGACGCACAUCUUUUGUUGGAUAAGUGAAAAGAUCAUUAGAUAACCAAUCAGAGUUACACGUUUAUCAGGGGAAUUAGCCGUUUGUUCUAGGAAACCGUGGAAACGACGACAAUGAAACGAUAAACGUAAGCUACCUGCUACGUGCCUCAAAAAUACCGGUAUUUGAAAUUCAGGUGAGCGAGUUUUGCUUUAAAAGAGUUUGACUUUUGUUGAUCCUGUUUUCCCUAACAGCGUAUUUUGUAGUAGUGUUCUUUGAUUAGCGACAUCUAAGCAUAACGCUAACACUGAAAACAAAGGCUUGAUAUUGUACAUACUGGAUUGAAGUGAUAACAACUUCUUAAAUAAGUCGAAAACAAGUUAACACUUCUUAUAUUGUAUUACUUAACUUGUAAAGUAUUUUCACGAGAAAACUGAGCAACGUUAGUAACUUUCUUUGGAUCUCUUCUUGUUCUUUAAAACUGGCUUACUAAAAAGGUUUUUGGAUGCGAACCUCUAGGACUUCCCAUGCUUCACCAAAACAUUAUAGUCGUUACAUCUAAUAUCACAGCAAGAAGCAGGGGCACCCAACGAGAAUAUAGUUCAAAACCACAUAAACAUAGCAUUGUUGAACGUACUUUAGUAUUUAAACGGUAGAUGAAGGCUUAUUUUUAUCCCCUAAAAAUUUUUCAUCUGUUCGGAUUUCCUAGCUGAAAGUAUAGUGAUCCGAAAAUUAUAGGGAUCAAAAUUUACCUUUUGGAAAAUUUCAGCCAGAAAAAAGGCUCCCGAAAAUUCUAGGUGACCUUUUUAGGGGAAAAAUCCGUUAAAAAUGGGCAAUUAUACGAUUUUUUUGAAGUUCGAAAAUCCUAGGAGAGGCAGGCAAGCAAGAAAUUUUUUAGAAAAUGAUCCGAAAAUUCUGGACCUCGAAUCGUCUUCCGAACAGAUAAUUUUCCGAAAAAUUGUCGUUGGGUGCCCCUGAAGAAGUUAUUGAUUCUAUAUGCUUUUACAUAUGUACAGCAGUUUAUUAGUUGCAGAAGUAAAUUUACAAUUUGAUUCAUCUCUGAUCAGGAUCAUGAAUGUUUUAUUCACUAGAUGGACUCUUGAACAAGGAAGUUGAUUGUUGGAAACAGUUUGGAUUGCUUGCUGUGUACAGUACCAUGUGACAUGCCUUUUCAAGGCGGGAGAUAUCUACCUCCUAUAGGUAAAUAACUGACUUACUAUAUAUAUGUAUAAUUCUAUAACUAACGUACACACUGUAUGCGAACUCAGAUGUGACUCUUCGGCAUCUACAUGUAAAUACUUGAAAUAUAUUUAUGUUUAUGAUACUUUUAAUAAUCUCUUGAUAAUCUGAAAUUGUGCCAAAGAACUAAACUUUAUGGCUUGACACGCCGAAAAGUCUUUUUUCAAACCGAAAAUAACACCUUCCAGCGCGUGGGAGUCUAGCCGUUUUGAAAUGAAUAAUUAUGCGGUGAGAUGGAAUCUGGCGCAUUUUGGGACACAAUUUUGAGAAAUGUUACAGUGUGUACACUGACCUCGUCGCGUCUGGAUGAUUUUUCCAAUAUAGUUACUUUUGUACUGUAAUGAUAACAAUAUUUUUAGGGGGAGGCUGGGCAUUUUGGGGGGAAGUUUCUACCCCUCAAAUACCCUAGAUGGAACCCUAGUGUUGAACCGUACAACUAGCUGAAGGUUUUCUCAGUUUUUACUGUGAAUGGGCUAGGUUUAGGUUUUGAAUGAAUAAAACUUUAGCGCCUAACGUUCAAGAGCCAUUUUGAAGUAACAGGGGUUGCCUGUACGCUAACACUGAAAACAAAGGCUUGAUAUUGUACAUACUGGAUUGAAGUGAUAACAACUUCUUAAAUAAGUCGAAAACAAGUUAACACUUCUUAUAUUGUAUACUUAACUUGUAAAGUAUUUUUCACGAGAAAACUGAGCAACGUUAGUAACUUUCUUUGGAUCUCUUCUUAUUCUUUAAAACUGGCUUGCUAAGAAAGGUUUUUGGAUGCGAACCUUUAGGACUUCCCAUGCUUCACCAAAACAUUAUAGUCGUUACAUCUAAUAUCACGGCAAGAAGUUAUUGAUUCUAUAUGCUUUUACAUAUGUAUAGCAGUUUAUUAGUUGCAGAAGUAAAUGUACAAUUUGAUUCAUGAAUGUUUUAUUCACUAGAUGGACUCUUGAACCAGGAAGUUGAUUGUUGGAAACAGUUUGGAUUGCUUGCUGUGUACAGUACCAUGUGACAUGCCUUUUCAAGGCGGGAGAUAUCUACCUCCUAUAGGUAAAUAACUGACUUACCAUAUAUAUGUAUAAUUCUAUAACUAACGUACACACUGUAUGCGAACUCAGAUGUGACUCUUCGGCAUCUACAUGUAAAUACUUGAAAUAUAUUUAUGUUUAUGUUACUUUUAAUAAUCUCUUGAUAAUCUGAAAUUGUGCCAAAGAACUGAACUUUAUGGGUUUACACGCCGAAAAGUCUUUUUUCAAACCGAAAAUAAUACCUUCCAGCACGUGGGAGUCUAGCUGAUUUGAAAUGAAUAAUUAUGCGGUGAGAUGGAAUCUGGUGCAUUUUGAGACACAAUUUUGAGAUGUUACAGUGUGUACACUGACCUCGUCGCGUCUGGAUGAUUUUUCCAAUAUAGUUACUUUUGUACUGUAAUGAUAACAAUAUUUUUAGGGGGAGGCUGGGCAGUUUGAGGGGAAGUUUCUACCCCUCAAAUACCCUAGGUAGAACCCUGGUGUUGAACCGUACAACUAGCUGAAGGUUUUCUCAGUUUUUACUGUGAAUGGGCUAGGUUUAGGUUUUGAAUGAAUAAAACUUUAGCGCCUAACGUUCAAGAGCCAUUUUGAAGUAACAGGGGUUGCCUGUACGAAGUGGUCGAUAACAACCUCGUUCCCAGUAUGGGCGUUUCCCCUCUAAUUUGGGGAAAAACGAGGUUGCGGUUUAUCGAUGAAGCACACGCUGAACGGUUGACUUUGAUCAAAUAGUAAUGUUACAUAAUACUAAGGCGUUGUUUUCUCAGGCCUUGGUUACUUUUCUUUUGUAGCGACUCCCAUACUAUCAACAUACCAAAAGGACUUCAUCGGCCAGUCUGUGACUCCACAGAAAUCAUUCAAACACAGGUCAACUGGUAACCUGCGUGAGUAUUUCAAUACCCUCUCACGUUUUUCAAGUCGAUGGAUAUGUCACAUUAUAUUGCAAAUAAAUUGUCGGUCAAUUACUCAUUUUCUAGCCGGCUAGGUAGGGUUGAUAGUCUGCUCUGCCAAAGAAUAUCCAAAGAUAACCAAAGGGUCUUUUUUGGAGGUAAACUAAAUUGGGGGUUUUUGCGAUAACGUCUUUUCGGCACGUAAUGCAUAGUAGAAAAGAAAACAAAUGAGAACGAAGAAACAGACUAAACAAAAACGCAAAGCAAAACUAUCAAUGAUGAUGAUGAUGAUGACGAUGAUUAUGAUGAGAAACUAUUGCAAAAUAUAAAUACGUUUCAGUUAAGUAUAUACUAUAUUUGCUAUCGCUUUUCAGCUCCAAUAAACUACUCGCGACAUCGUACAGUAAGUACAGAGAGUAAAUACAGUACAGAGUUUCAAGGAUCGUUUGGACCACCUGCUCCCAGCGCCAAGUAAGUCACAUUGUGCUUGCCAAAUCACAUGUUGAGCUACACUGAGCUCUAUUUCAAAACACCAAUACCCUAGCAGUCACUUCGUCACUACACUGUGUAAGAACAUGGUAGGUUUUGAUUAGCUAAAUGUUCAAGGAGUCUCUGAAGGGCUUAGAGCUCUGUCCUCGGUUGUUUUAACGUUGGAUAGCGGUAUUUAUAUAUGUAAUAGCGUAAUUUGUAGUAGUAUUUGGCCUAAAUACCACCAGUGAUAUUUCGAAAUUGUUAUACGUAAUUUGACAAUUUUGAAAAUUCACGAGUGGUAUUUAUGCCAGAUAUCACGUACAAAUCAUGUACUAGGAAGGCCAGUUGUGUUAUAUAUCGGAUUAAGAUUUAUCCAGUGGAAAGAGUAAUCCACCUUUAGAACAACUUGGGCCUGAAGGUAAGCAGUACUUGGGCCUGUAAUCAGAUGUUACGACUCUCCUUGUUAUUUUUUCACAUAUUUCAAAUGCAAAAUUCUCGGGAACGAAAAUUCGCCACUCCAAAACCAGGGGAAGAAUGGGUACAAGGUCCCGGCGCAAAGAUUUGUGGGAUCGUUCUGUUAAAUAAGCGUUAGUUGUUGUCUAGAUAAUGGUUGCCUAGGAUACAAACUACCAAUUCUAACAAACGCUUGUCCACCCAAAGAUCCCACAAAUCGCUGCGCUUACAGCUUGUGCCCAUUCUCUUUACAGUUAAUGGAAUUUCUAAUACUCUGUAAAAUCGCGUUAACUGGAAAUAAAACUAGCCUCUUCCAGGCGUUCAGAGGGGACGUCGCAGAGAAAUGUGGGCUAGAAAAAACAGCCAUUCUCCACUUUUGAACGCCUGAGGAGGCUAUGGUAAAACAUGCCUUCUGUUUAUCGGUAAAAUUAGCUCUUUUUGAUUAUUUUGCUUAGAGCUUUUUCCCCUAGUUUUUUUCCCCUUUAUAACGUUUUCUACUUAGUUAUUUCAUAAAAUGUGCGUCUAUUAUUAGUUUUAAUAACCAGUGCUGAGCGGUCCCCGGCUUUAUCUGGGUGGUCGUGGGCGGGAAAAAUAUCAUUGUAUAUGGUAAACCUUUACAGGCGACCUUGGACAAAACUAAUGAUUUAUUUUUCUGAAUGCAUUUCUUUCAGACCUCUUCCAUACGAAUAUCCAUCAAAGGACCCAUUUGGAACAUCGACGUACAGGGCAAAUUUCAGAAAGAGCAAUGACCCAAAACAAGGGACCCUUCCCACGUCCCCGCUGCGGAAAAAUAACCCCCACCCCCAGAGUAUGACAAACGCCUUUAAUUUCCCGAAUAGGGUGAGCAUCUCUUCUCGAUAUGACGUCAUGAUAUUAUUUGUUCUUUGAAUUGUUCGAAGUACUGGGCAGUGGCGAUUGUGGAAAUGAUAAGCAAAUGAGGUGGACUUGAGCAAUACCUACACCACAACACAAUACCUGAUCAAGAAUGAUUUCCGCGACGACAGUAACUCUACUUUCGUUCAGUGGCCCUCUCAUAUUCUGAUAUAACAGAGGUGCUUCUCUACGCUAACAUUAAAUUAAAACCAGAGAUGCAAGACUGAUUCUACGUAAAAACGUUAACUUUGUAAUACAUCAAAAUACGAUCUCAGAAGGCAGAACUCAACAUAGCUAGCAGGGCUAGUUGUUUCGUUUUUAUGAGAACUUGUCAUAACUGCAUACGUUCAUGAGCACCAUUUUCGGUCGCCGUCUUAUCCUCUUUUUAUUCUUAUUCCAUGAUCUUGUAAAUCGUUUUUUUUGUGUGUAAUGGUAUUGAGACAGUGAAAGAGAAUUAGUUCUAGUUGCUUUAUCUUUUUCAGGGUUACUGGGUGUGGCCACACAGACUUCAACCAAUCCAUUUUCAAUGACUGAACAAGAAACCAAAGACAACAAGGAGGAAACAAUAAACCGCUUAGUUUAGAGAAACGUCAUGUAAAAUAUUUAGAGUUUCACACUCCUGUUCUUGAAGUUUUUGUAUGAUUCAAUCAAAUACAAAAUACUGAUGUAACUUUUAACUUGAAGUUAUUGAGUGCCUUUACGUCAUCACGUCUUGCUACUACUCUUACAAACUCAGUUGUGACAUUCACAAAAGCAAAAACCAACAACCUAUCUGGAUAAAAUGAACCUGAGACAUUAUUUUCUUUCUUUGACAGUUACUGUGCUUGUCCUUAUUUCAAAACAUUUCCAUUAACAUUUAUCUUUGAUUGCGGGUGCUUAGAGAUGAAACUGGACAACAGAUUAAUCACGAUUGAAAGCUUUUCUAGAAGUGAUUCUAACAGUUCUCUGCAGAAAACUCAACAUGGUCAAAUGAAUCGUGCCUAACAUCAAAGAUAAUCAUUGCCAAAAGCCAAACAGACUAGGGCGAAACUUUAAGAAACCAAACAGCUUACAAGGCGAACUAACAUGGAAAUUGCAUGGUGAAAUUUAUGAAAGAGCUAAAGAUUCGUUGUAUAGAACCGUGGAAGUUUGUUGUAGAAAAUAUAUGUCACUAACGUAUCACCUGAAAUUCUGUUUAAAACAGUUUUUAUUGAACGACUGUGCACCGUAUAGUGUUAUUACCCACGCACCACAUACUCCCAUGUUAUACAAUGCGAUCCACUCUUACAAGGAUCAAAAGAUGUCGAGUAUAGCCAUAUUUUCAAGCCACUUACAAGGCUUACAAAGACCAUCCUUGACUCCACCUCAGUGAGGAACACUUGAGAAAGUUGUUGACCGUUCUUAGGGAUAAAUAGUAAUCGCCUUUUUGAGUUUUACCGAAGCUGUUUAAGGAGCCGGUUUUUGAAACGAAGCGUACGUUAUGUCAUCCUAAAACUCCUUGACAAACAAGUCUAUACCUUAAUUUGAGCGAGGUCUCCUUAAGUAAAGUGCGAAUUUAGAAAGGAAUUUGCGUAUACAACUCGGCUACUCGGCUCACUAUGGCUGUGUCCACACUUGGUGCCCGGUAGUGGUGUCUUCGUAGGGUACUCCUUGCUCACUGUAAUGUGAACACACCGUUUUUACAAGUACCCAAUACAAACUUCGGGCACGAUGCCGGUCCCCAAGUACAAUAAGGUCAAGAACUUGUACUCGAGCAGUGAAGUGGGCACCGUGGUGGACUCCCUGUGUGCACUUGUCUUCGCUAGUUCCGAAGCAAUCCACUUCUUUUCACAGCCUUUACUUCCUGCUAAGUUUACAUUUUAAAACGACGCCUUACAGGACGAAAUGGAGCGCGUGAAAUAUAUCCAGCUGUACUGAUUUUUUAAAACGUUACCACCAAGUGCAUAUAUCCCUAAUGCAGCCAAUAUAAAAACCAAGAGUGCAACCUUUGCUUUUUCUUCUCGUCUCCUCUUUUUUUACUUUUUUUAUAUUUUUUCUGCCUUCUUUUUCCUUCGAUAUUGACCGAGAUUUUCGAGCUUAUCGGGCACAUAAAUCCUGCCUUUUGACUAGCCCUUUUCCACUCCAAUGGCUGCAAAUUUCUCUUGGUGCGUUUUCAAACUUAAAUUCCGGCUUGAUAUACAAGUUUACAUUUGUUUGAGAAUAUAGACUAACUGGACAGGACAUGGCCAUAUUAAACAAAAAGUUUGGAAAGACGGAGGUCUCUCAGUAAAACUUCUAGCUAACAAAAACUUUAAGAAACUAUUAAAAGGAUUUACAAACCUUAGUUAAUACCUCUUAGUUUUUGUUGAACUUUCUGUUGGGUUAUGACGAUCGCAUUCGGUGUUGGUAAAGUAUUACUUCUUGGUCGGAAGCGAUUUUUUUUUAGUUUAGGUGGUAGUAUACGGUGCUUUAUUUGAUUGGUUAGAAGCUUAAUACGGAUUGCAAUUAUGUUAACCAUAUCCCGUCAACGUGGGGUGUCGGAUUGUUCACUUCUAAUGUAUACCCAAGGCCGGAAACGAAAAGAAAGUGUAAAUCCCCAAAGUUAAAGCAAUAAAUCACGGCAAAACAUUUUCCAUUGCGCGUAUUUUCUUGUUUAUACUAACCGUGACUCAUAAUUGCCAAACUGCUGAAACCGUGAAGAGUGUUUGUGUAACCAGAACACUUUAAUCUGUAUGCUAAUAAACUGCACGUUUCUCAAAGAACUGUUAAAAACAUAAAGUACAGCGCAAACAACCUCACAACAUUCAUUAUCACCUUGUAAACAAGUUGUUUGCUACUUCAUUAACGACUCAAAAAAUUCAGCUACGAACUGAGUACCGCGUAUAUCAAAAUAUUUCGACAAUCGACUUGUUAGCAAUGAAGCCGACAAAAGCUGUCAUUUUGUAAAAUAUCUAAUUACGUUUAGCUAAGCCCAAGCUGAAAUCCUUUUUUGCUGAUGUCUACUAAAAGAGUUAACAGACCGUAAGAGAAGCUAAUUUACUCCUUUUCAGAAAGCGUUAAUCCCUCAAACAAUGACCCUCACAGAUGUCUUUAUCGGUUAAACAAAUACUUAGACUAAGUACCAUAAACUCAAUGAUUAAGUCCGAGGUUAUAUGGAGCGAGACUAUAUGUAUUGCAAAAGACUGUAAAAUUUGUCAAAUUGUGUAAGUCAGGCCGAUAAAUGUAACGCCGAUUUCUUACUAGCCCUUGCAAGUUCGUCAAAGAAGCCUUUCGCUUAUAUAACAGAGUACCUUUGUCAACAGCCGGUCUCAUUUUAAGAAAACUUUUGCUUGGGGUUAUUUUUUUUACUCCUAACUUUUAAAAAUGCGGGAAACUUUGUACCAAAUCAAGUCGCCGACUAGCAGAGGUACUCCUUACAAAGACUGGGCAACUACAGGUACGACAGUCGCUUUCGCAAUAGUUUAUUACUUCCGUUCUAGUUAUUAGUUGAAGACCUGCAGGUUCAGUUCACUUCAUUGUCCUAUUUUUAUUGUUUGCAGUCAAGGAGGCCAAAGCGCGACAAAUUCCAAUCGGUCUGCCACAGAACUUGAAGAACUACUUCGAAAAUGCCUUACGAAAGCCUCCGAUCUCAAACAUCUUUGGGUAA